AUGUACGCAGGACGCAAGAGGAGAAAACCUGUCCAGAGAGCGGUGAAGCAACCGCCGACUGAAGGGGCAAAGUCCAACCCGUCCAAAAGGCAUCGAGACAGGCUGAACGGAGAGUUGGAGAGGUUAGCAAGCCUCCUGCCUUUUCCUGAAGAGGUCACCGCCACUCUGGACAAGCUCUCCAUACUGCGCCUGAGUGUCAGCUACCUGCGAGCCAAGAACUUCUUCAAUGUCACCCUCAGCAAUCGGAACAGAGGGACUACAGCCGGUGAGAAUGACGAUGACAGCAAAGCAGCAGGAGCGGCCGACAAAAAGAUUCCUGAAGGAGAACUUUUGCUGCAGGCUCUCAAUGGUUUUGUCUUGGUUAUCACUGCCAGUGGGACCAUCUUCUACUCCUCUCACACCAUUCAGGACUAUUUGGGCUUCCACCAGACUGAUGUCAUGCACCAGAGUGUGUAUGAACUGGUCCAUACGGAGGACCAACAGGAGCUCAGGAGAAACUUGCACUGGGCUUUGAAUCCUCCUCCUGCCACUGCAUCUGCUGGUAGCCAAGACUCGCCUCAAGAGAUGGAACCUGACAGCAGCUCAUCUUUGGUCACCUACAACCCUGAACAGCUUCCCCCUGAGAACUCAUCCUUCCUAGAAAGAAACUUUGUGUGUCGCUUCCGUUGCCUCCUGGACAACUCCUCCGGCUUCUUGGCUUUAAACAUCCAGGGCAGGCUGAAGUUUCUGCACGGACAGAACCAUCGGCAAGAUAACGGAGGAAAGGUGCCGCCGCAGCUUGCCCUUUUCACCAUUGCCACUCCUCUGCAGCCUCCAUCCAUCCUGGAGAUCAGGACCAAGAACAUGAUUUUCAGAACCAAACACAAGCUGGACUUCACGCCCUUAGCCUGUGAUGCAAAGGGGAAGAUAGUGUUGGGGUACACAGAGGCUGAACUGCGGGUACGAGGAUCUGGUUAUCAGUUCAUCCAUGCAGCAGAUAUGUUGUACUGUGCAGAGAACCAUGUCAGAAUGAUGAAGACUGGAGAGAGUGGUCUGACUGUGUUCAGGCUCCUUACCAAGGAGAAUCGUUGGAAGUGGGUCCAGGCCAAUGCCAGGCUGGUGUACAAGAACGGCAAACCAGACUACAUCAUUGCCACCCAGAGGCCUCUUUUGGAUGAAGAGGGAGGAGAACAUUUGCGUAAGCGCUCCAUGCAUCUACCCUUUACCUAUGCUACAGGUGAGGCCUUGCUCUACCAGUCCAACCAUCCCAUUGCAGGCUUUAGAGAUGGAAGUCAUGAGAAAAAUGGCAGUAAGUCAAAAAAGAGUCGGACUGAGAGGCUGAUAAGAGAUGGUCUGGACCCUGGAUCACUUCUUGGGGCACUUAUGAGUCAGGAUGAGUCAGUGUAUGUUUGCCAGCCCGCCCUGGAAUCCAAAAUGUCAUUUCAUAGCAGCUUCUUUGGGGACCAGAUGAGCUUCUCUGACUCUGAACCCUCCAGCCUGCAUAGGAACUGGGACACAUCAAGCAAUGGUGUGGUAGGUCCAACCAUUACAGAGUCAGGCAGUUUUGACCCACUGCUGACUACUCUGGACUCGCUUUCCCUGGAAGGCCAUGGGGUUGUGGAUUCGGAAGAAGGGGGUUGCUCAAAUGGUGAGUUAUUUGGAGCUCUGGAAGGGCUGGGGCUGAGUGCUGAGGAUCUGGAGCUGCUGCUGCUGGAUGAGCGGAUGAUCAGAGUUGAAAUAGACCCUGAGCGUGUGCCCACCUUGGAUGAUCUGCUAACGAAUGACGAAAUUCUUUCUUAUAUCUAUGACUCAAUUGAGGGAAAGACUGAUUCCACAGAUCACGGAAGACAGGUGCCUCCCAGUAAUGCCUUAGCGGCAGCCACAACAGUGUCACUACCUGAUAGUAAUCCGACCUCUGACACUAAUGUGCAAAUGCAGUUUCCUCACCAUAAGCCUCCUCUGGUGGGGCAGGCUCCCAUUGUCCAGCUGUCCCAGCAGAUGCAACAGCACCUCAACAUGCGAACAGGUAAAGUCGCGCAUGAGUGGGGCCAGCAGAGUGACCAUUUGGCUAACACAUCAGUUAAUGGAGAGCUGUUAGGGCACACUCAAUCUAUCUCCAAUGGACAAUGGACAGCCCAAGACAUUCUAACCAAUGUAGGGAUACAACAGGGACACUUUAACUCACAACAGACUGUCUUCAAUGGCAAGGCAACCCAUCAAAGCUACCUUCAGCAGCAUCAGAAACCCAGGAUGCGGAACCAGCUCUCACAGCAGUGCCAUGCCAAACAGAAGGCAACCAACCUCAAUGGACUAUGUGGCGUUUCCAGCACACAGCAUCCAGCUGGAAAAUCCCAGUGGCAGGACUAUGGAUUCAGUGAGAGUCUGGGUCCUUGCCUUGACAACAGCCAAAAACCCCUUACAAACACCUCACUAGACUCUUGCAUGGAUUAUAGCAUGCCUGAUAUUGACAAUGUGGAUUACACUAUUAGUGGAAGUGGUUUGUUCGGGAGCAAUGGGCAACAGCACAGGGCAGAGUCCGCAGAUUCGUCUUUCCAGGGAAUGAGCCACAAACAGCCGCAGGAGCAGAUCCCAGUUCCUUUGGCUCAGGUUAUCUCCAGCCUGUCACAGUGUCCUCCCCCUAAUGCCUCUCUGGAGCAGAUCCUAGGAGUAGGCAAACCCUGCCGGCAGCUGGACCAUUAUGGCAUGAUGACCUCAGAGAUCCCUCAUGACCCCAGUCACAGUAAGAUGGAGAACGGCUGCAUCCUGACCAGUACUUACCCAAGUGGUUGCGCUCUGCCUAAUGGGAAUGGAGCAGCACCCCCUACAGUCCAGAUGCCAGGCCCUGAGACUUUGUCCAGCCUCCCCGAUCCACCAGCCACUGGCUUCUACCUCUGA